GGGAAACGAUACGGCUCAUCGCUACCGACACAAUCUAGCUGCAACGGAGACUCGAUAACUCGGAAGACAGGAGAAGGCGAGCGCGAGCUCCACACCGCAGAGGGGCGCCAUGGCUACCGUGAUGCAGAAGAUCAAGGAUAUCGAAGAUGAGAUGGCAAGGACUCAGAAGAACAAAGCGACAGCCCAUCACCUUGGUCUGCUGAAGGCAAAACUUGCAAAGCUACGUCGGGAGCUCUUGGCACCUACUUCUAAAGGUGGUGCUGGUGCUGGUGAAGGCUUUGAUGUUACUAAAAGUGGAGAUGCACGAGUUGGUCUUGUAGGUUUUCCAUCUGUUGGAAAAUCAACACUAUUGAACAAAUUAACAGGCACAUUUUCAGAGGUUGCCUCUUAUGAGUUCACCACCUUAACUUGUAUUCCGGGUGUGAUCGUGUACAGAGGUGCUAAAAUUCAGUUAUUGGAUCUACCGGGGAUCAUCGAGGGUGCAAAGGAUGGAAAGGGUAGAGGAAGGCAGGUGAUAAGUACUGCUAGGACGUGCAACUGUAUUUUGAUUGUUCUUGAUGCUAUCAAACCAAUAACUCACAAGCGGCUUAUCGAGAAAGAACUUGAGGGGUUUGGCAUAAGGUUAAAUAAGGAGCCCCCUAAUUUAACUUUCAGAAAAAAGGACAAGGGUGGCAUCAACUUCACAUCUACAGUCACAAACACACAAUUGGACCUUGAGACAGUUAAGGCAAUAUGUAGUGAAUAUAGGAUACAUAAUGCUGAUAUUUCUCUCCGGUAUGAUGCGACUGCAGAUGAUCUGAUAGAUGUUAUUGAGGGAAGCAGAGUCUAUAUGCCAUGCAUCUAUGCAGUGAACAAGAUAGAUCAGAUUACACUCGAAGAACUGGAAAUCCUAGAUAAGCUUCCUCACUACUGUCCAGUCAGUGCUCACCUGGAGUGGAAUCUUGAUGGUCUUUUAGAAAAGAUAUGGGAAUAUCUUGAUCUGGUUCGAAUUUACACAAAGCCAAAGGGUCUGAACCCAGAUUACGAGGACCCUGUCAUCCUAUCUUCCAAGAGGACAACCGUUGAAGACUUCUGUAAUAGAAUUCACAAGGACAUGGUCAAACAGUUCAAAUAUGCACUAGUUUGGGGUUCAAGUGCGAAGCAUAAACCACAGAGAGUUGGCAAGGAACAUGAACUCGAAGACGAGGAUGUUGUUCAAAUCAUCAAGAAGGUGUAAAUCAAGCAAAGAAUUUCUGUGGUUCUUGGGUUGAUCCUCAAUGGAUUGCAAGGGAUGGCAGCUGGGUCUGAGUUUUGAGUUGAGCUCUUCUUUAUUAGGAGUUGUUGUCAUCCUUGUAUUCCUGCUCGGGUUAGAAUUAAACAUACUACUGUAUGACAGUGCUUCUACUGGUGAAAAGUUUGCACUGCUGUAGAACUGAACCGAGCAACAUUUUGUGAUUGAGAUCAUUCAUGGAGACGUUGUUUAAACUCUGACCAUGCUACAUUCCAGGUACAUGAAAUACAUCCCACAGUGCUUUUAAGA